AUGUAAUAGAGAUUUUAUACUUGUUAAAAUAUUGAACAUGAGGAAAUGGAAAUUUAAGGAUUUUGUUUAGAUGUCAAAUGUUAAAUGUAGAAACCUUAAUUUUGUAUUAAGUGUGCAUUAGAUAAUAAUAUCCAUAAAAAUUGUAAAAAUGAUUGCAAACCUUUUUCAUAAAUUAAAAUUAUUGUUGAAAAUGCUCUAUAAAAGGUUUCAAUAGAAUAAAACUAAUUAAAUAAUUCAUAUUCUUAAGUACAAAUAAAAUAUACAGAAUAUUUAAAAUAAUUACAAAGAAAAACAGAAAUUUUGAAUAAGAUUAAACAAUCGAUUGAAUUAAAUGAUUAUUUUGAUAUUAGAGAAAAUAUUUCUUCAAUGAAAGAAUGGUAUUAAUUCCUUAAUUAAUAAAAAGAUGAGAAUUAGAAUAAAUUAGGUAAUUAAUUUUAAAAUAAAAAUUAGCAAAAGAAUUACUCCAAAUCAAUUAAUUUUAAUAAUCUUUAAAAUCUUUAUAAACCUUAGAGAAAUAGCCCUUAUUGAAAUAAUCUUAAUUAGAGGACUUUUUGUUUGAAGGUAUUAGUUAUGAAUAAUUUUUCAGGAAUUACUUUACUCAAUAAAAAAGAAUGGAAAAAGGCUGAUUAAUACUUCAGUGAAAAAAAUAGAUAAUUAAAAAAAUAUUAAUAUAUUUUCAAAUUUUAUAACAGUAAGGACUAAUUUAUAAUUAAAUUAGGUAUAGCCUUAGUAGAACUUAAUUAAGUUGGAUUAGCUGUUUAAUUGAGAGAAAAAAUUAAUAAAUACAGAAAAUAAGUUUAUGAGGACAUUGAAAAAGUAUCUAAUAUUUUGUUAACAAAAAAUCAAAAUGAUGUCAUUGGUCUAAUUUCAAAAAGUAUGAUUUUUUUAUAUUUUAGUAUUUGUUUUAGAAAAUGGUAAUCAAUUGGAUGAGGCGUUAAAUUUUUGUGAGAUAACAUUAUUAGUUGAUAAUAUAAACUUACUUGCAAGAUAUCGAAAAAGUAGCUUAAAAAGUAAUAUUAAGGUGUUGAAUUACUUGAAUUAAAAUAAUUCGAAGAAGCCCUUUAAGUAAUUGAAGAAAUUUUUAAAAUUAAUAAAAAUUAUAACGCAGGUUAUUUUAUUAAAGGUACAAAAACAUUUUUUUGAUAAUUUUAGGAAGGAUUUUAUAAAAAUAAAAACGCUAUAAUGAAGCUCUAGAUUUUUUUAAUUUAUAUUUAAAAUUAGAUCCUAUAAAAUAAAUAGGUAAUUAUCACAAAAGUAGAAAAAAUUAUUAAAAAAAAUUUAGGUUUACUUUUAUACGAUAUGAAGUGCUAUGGUGAGGCUAUUGUUUGUUUAGAUUAAUGUAUAAUUUAAUAUCCUAAAAGUGUAGAUCUCUAUAAAUAAAAAGGUAUAACUUUUUAAAUUAACCUAAGCAAAAACCCUAGAAGAGCUAAAAUUAUAUGAAAAGGCUAUUUUUUGCUAUGAUAUUUGUAUAAUUUUGAAACCAUAUGACUCUGAUAAUUAUUUAUAAAAGGGUAAGCAUAUUUUAUUUUUCACUUUAGGAAGAGCUUUAAGUUCAUUAAAGCGUUGGGAUGAAGCUAAUGAGAUGUGUGAAAAAUCAAUUGAAUUAGAUCCAAAUAAUGUUUACAAUAUUUAAAUGAAAGGUAAUUUACAAUAGAAAACAUAGGUNAUAAAUUAAAUAAUAUGAGAGGAUAAUUACUUCAAAUUCUCUGUAGAUUAUUUAAUUAUUUUGUAACUAUAUAAAAAGUAGCAAUACUAAAAUUCGUUCAAAAUACACAACAAAAUUUAAAUCGACCCUGA